UGUUGCGAAAUAAGAAAACUAAAGUGAAAGUCAGAUAAAAUGACACAUGCCUGCAAUUGUAGCAUAGAUUUGGGGUCAGGAGAAAUGCUGCAAGUUUAAGGCGAGCCUGGGCCACAUAGAGACCAAUAAGAGAAAAAUAAGGGAAGGAGAAAUAGGCCUAAGGCAUACUGCAAAAUUGGGAAUUAGUUCUAUCCAAGCUUGUCUUAUGGCUGAGGGAGGACACAUACUGAAAAUUAGCUAGGACAAAGGAAUCCAUUAUCUUGCCUCCAUAGUACUAGAUAAUACUAUCCCAAUAUGGUAGAGCAGUACAUUAAAGUGGGAACAAGACUCCUGGGGCUACCCUGCAGCAUGGCCAGGACUCUUUCAUGGGCCAAUUAGGCUUUUCAUCUUGUGUCCAAGGAAGACUUAACUUACAAUCUAGCGUAGGUGAACAGGUUGCUAAUGACUUCCUUUUUUCUUUUUCUUAGAUCCGUCAAGAAAGUGCCCAGAAGAAACCUCCACUCAGAAAAUCUGAAAACACAGUAUUUAUAACGCUGGAAAUUGUAAAGAAUUCGUUUAAAAUGGCUGAAAACAAUAGUAAAAAUGUAGAUGUGCGGCCUAAAACAAGUCGGAGUAGAAGUGCUGACAGGAAGGACGGUUAUGUGUGGAGUGGAAAGAAGUUAUCUUGGUCCAGAAAGAGUGAGAGCUGCUCUGAGUCUGAGGCCGUAGGUACUCUUGAGAGCGUUGAAGUCCCUCUGAGGAGCCAGGAAAGGGAACUUAGCUGUUCGUCCAUUGAGUUGGACUUAGAUCAUUCCUGUGGGCAUAGAUUUUUAGGCCGAUCCCUUAAACAGAAACUGCAAGAUGCCGUGGGGCAGUGUUUUCCAAUAAAGAAUUGUGGUGGUCGCCACUCUCCAGGGCUUCCAUCUAAAAGAAAGAUUCAUAUCAGUGAACUCAUGUUAGACAAGUGCCCUUUCCCACCUCGAUCAGACUUAGCCUUUAGGUGGCAUUUUAUUAAACGGCACACUGUUCCUCUAAGUCCCAGUUCAGAUGAAUGGGUGAGCACAGACCUGUGUGAGAGGAGACCGAGAGAUGCUCAACUGAAACGAAGAAACACAGAAGACGACCUACCCUGUUUCUCACAUACCAGUGUCCAGCCGUGUGUCAUAACUACCAACAGUGCUUCAUGUGCAGGUGGUCAUGUGACUGGUUCCCUGAUGAACUUGGUCACCAACAACAGCAUGGAAGACAGUGAUAUGGACUCAGAGGAUGAAAUUAUAACACUGUGCACAAGCUCCAGGAAAAGGAACAAGCCCAGAUGGGAAAUGGAUGACGAAAUCCUGCAGUUGGAGGCACCUCCUAAGUUCCACACCCAGAUUGAUUACGUGCACUGCCUUGUCCCAGACCUCCUCCAGAUCAGUAACAACCCGUGCUACUGGGGGGUUAUGGACAAAUACGCAGCCGAGGCUCUGCUAGAAGGAAAGCCAGAGGGCACCUUUUUACUUCGAGAUUCAGCCCAGGAAGAUUAUUUAUUCUCUGUUAGUUUUAGGCGCUAUAGUCGUUCUCUUCACGCUAGGAUUGAACAGUGGAAUCAUAACUUUAGCUUUGAUGCCCACGAUCCUUGUGUCUUCCAUUCUCCUGAUAUUACUGGGCUCCUAGAACAUUAUAAGGACCCAAGUGCCUGUAUGUUCUUUGAGCCACUUUUAUCCACUCCGUUAAUCCGGACUUUCCCCUUUUCCUUGCAGCACAUUUGCAGAACAGUUAUUUGUAACUGUACAACGUACGAUGGCAUCGAUGCCCUUCCAAUUCCUUCUCCUAUGAAAUUGUACCUGAAGGAAUACCAUUACAAAUCAAAAGUUAGGCUACUCAGGAUUGACGUGCCAGAGCAACAGUGACGUGGAGAGGUUAGAAUGUCCACCUGCGAACAUAGGUUCAUUCAAUAGUUUAUUUUUCUUAUGCCUCUUUGAAUUUUUGUACAAAGGCAGUUGGAAUCCAAAAUAAAACCGUGCCCUAAGUUUUAAUUCCAGAUCAAUUUUUUUUUCUGAUACACUUGUUAUAUUUUAAGCAGGUGAUUCGUUUUUUGUUUUUACCAUGUAAAUUGUAUACUUUUCCUUUAAUUUGCAUAUGGUCCAGGCAUAUUUGCAAUUUCAAGGCAUCAAGUACACAUUUGAAUAUUCUGUAUUUUUUUAAACAAUCUUAUGCUCUUUCCUACGUGUGAAAUAGUUUGCUAAUCUAUGCUGUCAGUGUUCUUGUCUGACAGAAUGGUUACCUAUCCUCUUUAUUUUGAAAUUCUUUAGUAAAGAUGAGCAUUAUAACCAACCCAUUACAAUGUAACUGAUUUUUGUCAUUUGCUAAUAGGAAUGUUAAACAACAAAAUGAUUUAAAAUGGAGCUUAACAUAUUUUCCUUUUAAAUAUUAACUAAAACAAGUUUGUUUGCUUGCUUGCUUGUUAUUCUAUGAGAAGAGAGAAUGCUCUGUCCCAGAGGUGUUAUUUGUUCUGCAGUAUGGCAGGAUCAUCAGUUAAUCCAAAUACAGCAUCCCCUUAACCCAGAGGUGAACGUAAUUUGUGUUUUUCUUACUGGAAGCUUUACAAAGCAAAAUAGCAGUGUUAGAAUCUGGGGGUUGCUAAGGCAACUAGUUUCUCUCUUAAUUUACGGACUGUUGCAUCUACUUAGCUCUUUUUUAGGAGCUCUGGUUCCCAGGUGAAAAUGCAUGGCUUCUGAACAGCGCCUGCAUCCACCAGGAACAGAACACUGAAGAGUUUCUCAUUAUUUUAAAUUGAACUUAAAUAAAGACGCAAACGAAAACACAGCUCAAUGUUUAGGAACUUACUAUUGCUUUUGGUAUUUACAUCCUAAGCACUCAUUUCUGUCUUCAGAACUCACGUAUUUAAUGUGGCGUGGCCAUAGCUCCGUGAUAUGAGGUCAUGGGCCUACAGUAACCAGACAGUGAGGGGUGCCCUGGUCCCUCUUCAGGGACUGACUUUGACAGACUGCCAGUUUUUCUUGUGCUGAGCUAUCUGCCUCUUUUAAAUAUUGUACUAAUUAUUUUACUUAUUUUUUUCUGUGUGUGAUGGUGUCUCUCCAUGUAGGCUGACCUCAAAUUUGAGCUCCUUCAGCCUGAAUUUCGGGAUUACAGGUUUGAGCCACCAUGAACAGCUAGUAAUAGAUGGGCUUCUUUCUUUCUUUCUUUCUUUCUUUCUUUCUUUCUUUCUUUCUUUUUCCCCUUCCUUUCUUCCUUCCUUCCUUUCUCUUUUUCUUUGUUGUUGUUGCUAUUUGCUUGGCUUGGUUUGGAUUUUGUUUUUUUUUUUUUUUAAAUCAGGGUCUCACUAUGUAAUCCUGGCUAUCCUGGCUAUCCUGGCUAUCCUGGCUAUCCUGGCUAUCCUGUAGCUUGCUGAGUAGACCAAGCUGUCAUCAAACCCAGAAAUACUACUGCCUUUGCCUCCCAAGUAUUAAAGGCAUCCGACACCAUGCAUGGCUAAUAAUUCCUUCCUUUCUUCCUUCUUUUCUUUCUUUGUUUUUUGAUAAUUUAUUUCUUGAUGUAAGCUCAGCUCUAUUAGAAUAUUUGCUUCAACCUGAUUGAAAGAACAUUAGCUCAUACAUUUCUGAGUGAGAACAAAUGUUUCUCGUUGUCAUGGUGAUGCAUGCCUCUAAUCCUAGCAUUGAAAACCAGAGGGGCAGGGAUUGCUGCAAGCUUAAGCCAGUCAGAGCUGUAUGCUGAGAAUUUGUCUCAAAAAAUAAUUCUUUUAUUCCUUGUUGUAUAUAUGUUAAAGUUGUCUUUCCUGGUCUUGAGGAGCUGUUAAUGUAAAACCAUUCUUUAGCAAUAGCUUUUACUGAUUAUAGCAGUUCAUGCCUGUAUUCCCAAAACUUGGGAGACUGAGGCAGAAGGAUCUACAUGAGUUCUGGAAUAACCUAGGCUACAGAGUGAGACCCUAUCUCAAUAUCCCUACCCCAAAGAAACGUAAUCGCUUUAAAGUUUUCAACAAUUACAGUUAAGUGGGAAAUUACCAUUGUCUUCUAGAGUUUUUCUCAGUGGUCUAAAGAUCGUAUUGAUCUCUGUGAGGAAGCUGCUCACAGAGAGCUGUGACGAGGCUCAGGCUGUGAGCACCGGUGUCAGGGUGACCAGUGUCCAGGACGACGCUGACCUCCCGACAGCAGACAGCAGACAGUCCCGACUACCUCAUUCUGUUGCGGCUCUUGUAGUUACUGAGAUGCUCAUCUUAUUAACCAGUGUAACAUUUCCUAAGUGUCCAUCUUUGAUGAAAGAAAAUUUAUAAUAUGGUAAGACUCAGAAUUACAGCUCUAUAUCAGAAUUUGAUAAAACCUUCUGUUUCUGUGAAACAAUAAUUUUUAACAUUUUUCUUUUAAAAAUAACUUUUUAUCAGUACAGAACUAUCUAAAGGAUGACUAGCUUAUGAAUAUUCUGUUAAAAGGUAGUUUUGUAAAGAAAAGUGAAAUAUGUCUUUUAUAGUAGUAAAACUAGUAUUUAUAUGAAAGUCAAAAUCCGUAGCUUUUAAUAUACUUCAGACUGAUUGCUUAUGAUAUAUUUUCUCUGGCUUUUUUAUUCUUUUCAAUUUCGAGGUAUUAACAACUUAAUAUUUUCAAAAUACUGCCAUAUGUGUAGCUUUGAACUGUGUAUUAAAUGAGGAUGAGAGAGAGACCUGUAUACUCUGAAAUGCUUUGUAUCUUUCCUUUGAUACUUACUACAAUAAAAGAAAUUUGGAAAGUAGAGAUAUAUAAAGACUUGGGAAGAGAAUUUUUUAAUGUGAAGGAAAGAGAAGAGAGUGACAAAAAAUUUAAGGAUUGGAAUUUAGAGAAAUUAUACACAUUCACUGUGUUCUUGUGAUGAACAUCAAUAUUCAAAAACUAUUUACUGAGUUAAAUAGCUAAAAUGCAACUAAUUUAUGCCAAAUGAGCAUAAAUAAAUUUUAAGAAGUAUGCAAGGAAGUCUAAAUUAAAUAAAAAUGUUAAAACUCUU